AUGGACGACGAAGUUAUACUUACCACCGGUGGAUGUGGAUGUAUGGGCUACCACAUCGUCCAAGCAGUUCUACAAGAACUAUCCUUCAAUUCCGUACACGUAUAUUCGCGCAAUCCCACUGUGAAUCUCCAGCCCGGCGUUUCAUCCCAUGCCGGGAGUUUAACUUCACCAAAAGACAUCAAGUUGUUAUUUGACCUCAUCAAACCAACUUUGAUUUUCCACGUCGCAUUUCCUGUCUCCUUUGUAAAUUCCGCAAAUGCAAAUCUCUUCUACGAAGUCAAUGUUUGUGGAACGCAAAAUCUUCUCGAUUGCGCUGCGAGAAGUUUGUAUACCAAAGCUUUGGUUUAUACAUCUUCGACUACUGUAUCGAAACCUCAUUAUCAUUUUAAUGAUGAAACACAACCUUUGAUUGACCUUAACUCAAAGGCAGAUUUCAAUUACUACACGGUCACCAAAGCGAUUGCAGAUAUCGCUGUUUUAAAAGCCAAUAUUCCGAAAGGUUUAAGGACAUGCUGUCUUCGUAUUGCUCAUAUAUAUGGUAAACAUGAUGUGCAGAUGAUACCAGGGACUCUUGGAGUUCUCCAAGAGAAACACCAUCAUUCUCAAUUUGGGGACAAUACAGCUUUGAUGGAUUUUGUUUCUGUUAGUAAUUCCGCAAGAGCUCAUAUACUAGCCGAGAAAGCUCUUCUCAGAGAACUCCAAGCUGAUAGUUCAACAAACGAGAAAAUAAGUCCGAAAAUCUCAGGUGAAGCAUUUUUCAUCACAGACGGAAAUCCCGUCCAUUUUAGGGAUUUCGCACAUAAAGCCUGGGCCGCAGCUGGGACUACCGUAGACCGUAAAGAUAUCCGGGUCUUUCCUGCAUGGUUCAUGAUUGGACUUGCGGUUGUGACGGAGUGGAUUUACUGGACGUAUACUUUUGGGACGGUGAUGCCGGAGAAACUGAGAAACUGA